AGUUUCAUUUAGGAACUAUUUUCUUUCUACCCAACUACACCCGCCAACGUAUCACCGCGUAUAAGGAAGCGUGCAUUUACUUAUGGAUGAGAGGCUUGUGUUUAUAAGUCCAGCUGAUUAGACUGUUGUCAGGCUGUUAAAUAGGCGUUAUCGGUCACUAUAAGCACCAUAGAUGUUGGUCAGAAGGACCUCGUUCACAAUCUCUCUUUAUUUUUCUCUCUCUGUCUUUUAUUUUUUAUGAGUCGGGAAGUCGACAGCAGAACCUAACUUUACUUUUAAUGUUAUCAAACAAAGAGAAAUGUUCUCCCCUCAUCCUAAAAUGAUCCUGAAUCGAUACUAGAGUACUUCCUUGUUUAUGAAUGAAGCAGUACAUUUGAAGCGGCAGUGCUGUUUCACCAAUCAGCAACGGUCAUCCCUGCAAACUCCACCCCAAAAGUUCCUGUACUUUCAGAAAUAACUACCCUCCAAUCAGGACCUUUUUGGGGGGUAAAAAAGGCCCCGUAAAAUGUCCCCAGAACUUAAUUCAGACCCUUGUCCCUGCGGUGGAAACGCAAAGAGUUCCUCAAAAGGUUCCUAGUCCUCGGGGAAAGUUCCUGCGGUGGAAACAGGGCUAUAGUGUGGAUCAGAUGCACGAUAAAGAAUAAAACAUCAGAAGCACCCUCUACAUUUUGAAUUCUUCUGAUUCUUUAAUGUGAGUUGUUUCAAGUCUUCAACGCUCACUUCUUCGUGACUGACAACUAAAGUUCGUAGCUUUUAUCUGGAUUCAAUAUGUUGGUCUGUUGAUGGACGGAGAAGGUGAUCCUCAUAUUAUGUUCAUGUACUUGCUUUGUGAUAGGUGUCCAUUACGUAGCUCAUAGAUAUUUGAUAUGUGAGUCUAAUGAAGCAGAUGUAGCUGCAUGUGUGAUAUUGUGGAGUUAUGAGGACUUAAUAUGUACCUUUAGUUUGUUUCACCAGAGCUGAGGUCCUCCCGUAGGUGUGAGUGUACGUCACAGCUAAUUGGGCAGCUGGCUGUCCUCCUCCUCCUUUCCUUUCAGGGCUUCAAUCAAUAAUUCACCUGGCCCGGUCAUAUCGAUGGCACUUACUCCCUUUUCUCCUCCCCUCGCUCGCUCGCUUGUUCUUUCCAUGAAAACUGUUGCUGACGAGGGGUUAAAGAGCUCAUCAACGGACGACAGGCCCAGGGAGAAAGGGAGGAAGGCACCAUCAUUCCAGCAGACAGGUGUUAUCAGUCUUUGGAACAACAGUGAAGGUGACUUUCACCGCCUUAAGACGCUGAUACACGAAGGACCAGAAACGCCUGAGGAAACAGAAGUUUGAAUGGGAAUACAGACUCUUUGCAGAAGUUUGUUCUGUCCCUGACGUUCGUUUGCUUUGUUUAAAGUUCAUAUUGUCUUUGAAAUCGGUCACUAUGUCCGGAGCCACCAGCGACCAGCUGCACAGAUCAACUCUGACUGUCUACCUGAACCUGAUGGAGCACUUCAAUCCUGGCCUCCAGAAGCUCGUUGCUUUAGGAAACAGCUACGUCACGGCUUUCCAAGCCUUAGCGGUUUGCAGCGAGGCCUACUUCAGCGCCGUGGCUAAGAUGGGUGACCAGGCCCUUCACACACUUUCAUCUCGCUCUCUUGGGGAUGUCCUGAUCCAGAUAUCAGAAACACAGAGGAGGCUCACCGCAGAGAUGGAGGGAGUGUUUCGAUGGUUCCAGAUAGAGGUGCUGCAAGCCAUGGAGAAGAAUGUCAAGUUGGAUGAGGAGUACAUUGAUGGCAGCCGCAGAGUGUAUGAGCUGGAGGUGAGGAACCAGGCAGAGAAUCUGGAGAAGCAGCUCAGACGAGGAGCCUACAGAGACUCUCUGGAGAACAGUGAGUACAUGCUGUACCUGCGGCAGAGCCAGCAGGAGAUCCUGAAGGAGGAGGAGAGGAGGUAUCGUUUCCUGGCAGAGAAACACUGUGGCCUCACUCAGUCGCUGCUCUUCCUUAUAAACAAGACCGGAACGUCUCUCCAGCAGAAGGCAGAUGGAUGGAAGGAGAAAGUGAAUGAGACCAGAGGGUCCAGACCUCGAACUCCCACCCAUGUGGAUCAGGAUGCUCAGCUGCGAGGUUCAGUGAGCUCCCUGCUGCAGACAGUAGCCAGAGAUGAAGACAUGUCCUGGGCCAGAAGGGAGCAGCAGGCGCUGGGCAGAGUGCCCUCUAGAGCGCCGUCUCCCCUCCCGAGCCGCUCUCGCUCUCGCUCCAGCUCAGUGGGGGAAUCUCUGGGUCUGGGUGGAGGCAGAGCCAUGAGAGCUCUGGUGUCUCACCCCUCCUCAUCCAACCCAAAGCUUUUACCUUUCAACAGGGGAGAGACCGUCACCGUGCUGGUCCAGGAGCCACGCAACGGCUGGCUGUAUGGACGCACUGACAGCAGCCUGCGUCAGGGCUGGUUCCCUGCUGCCUAUGUGGCCCCCGUUGAGGAUUUCUCCAACACUUUAGCAACAAGUUGUGGCUCUGUAAGAAGUCACAGUAUGAACAAUCUGCUGGACCCCACUGACACCUACACCGACCAAUCAGAGGGCAAGAGCUUUGGGGACGUCCCGCCUCCAGCCACACCCGACCGCAGAGCCUCCGUCGACGUCUGGCCAAUCUCUCCUCUCCCUGAGAAGAAGCUGGAGUCAGGCUCGGAGACGAAGCCCGGUCAGACGAAGAGCUACAACGAUCAGCCGCCUCCACCUCCUCCCCCACCGCCUCCUCCUCUUCCCCUGAAUCAGAGUCUCAGAAGGGGCUCUGCAGAUUAUCGACCCAUCUCUCCCCUCCCUGACAGGAGGGCAGAAUCAGCGUCUGAUGUCCAGGCAUUAUCACCUCAUGGGCCACCUGAAAACCCUCUGUUUCCCAGAGGCACAAACCCGUUCGCCACCGUAAAGCUUCGCCCCACGACGACCAACGACAGAUCUGAUCCUCAGAUUCAAUGAUCCGUCAGCGCUCACGCUGGCAGGGUUUGUAACCGAGGCCGCCAGAUCAGGUUGUGGAGGCAGGAUGUUCAUUGUUGUUUCAGGAGAAUGUAAUGACGUCUCUGAGGAAGGUUUGCUGAGUUUUUUGUACAGUGUUAAAUAAGAUGAGGCUUUGUGACACUGUAGCACAUCUAAAUAGUUUAAUAUCACAACACUUUUAAAGUAGUUGUUUUAUCAACUCUUUGUACAGUAUUUUAUAGAUAGGUCUGUUAGUCUGUUAUAGUAAAAAUAUUAAAGGAAUAAUUGAGGAGACAUCCGUCUGCUAAAUAUGAAGCUACAGCCAGCAGCGGUUUAGCCUAACAUAAGGACCUCUGAACAGAGCCAGGCUAGCUGUUUCCCCCCGUUUCCAGUCUUUAUGCUAAGCUACGCUACCUGGCUGCUGGCCCCAGCAACCUAUUUAGCUUCCAGACAUGCGAGUGGUAUUGAUCUUCUCAUCUAGCGUCAUAGCGUAAUAGUUUUCCUUGGAGGUUAAACCACAGCUUCUCACCUAGUGAUUGUAAAUGUCUGAUCCUCUUCGCUGUCCUGUGAUUGACAUGUUUUGCAACGUUCAGUGUAAUGUUAUGUUUUGUGAGUUUAAAGUUGUGUGUCCUUUGUGAGUAACAAUAAGUAAA